AUGGGCAAUAAUGUGGCUCCGCAAGGAAAAAAGAUUUCUUUCAACAAGUCCCCCAGAAGCGCAGUCUCGUUCUCGCUCUACUAUUCACCGGUCGGUCGAGUCGGAGAAGGAGACCAAUCAACUCCGCGUCUUCGCUCACUUCUCAAUCGUGGUCGUCGGUACCUUCUUCUCACCAGUUUACCUCUCUCUCUCUCUCUCUCUCUCACUCACUCGCUAUCUCGCGGGGUGCUGCUGCAGGCUGUGCUCGUAGAAGCCCCUCGAGAGCUCUCUCACGAGUCCUCCUCUGUCAUUCCUCCCCGUUGCCCGUCAGCUCGAGCAGAGGAGAAAAAGAAGUGGCCGAAAUCAAAAGUGCAGCUCGUGGCGCACCAACCCCUCACGCCAUCAACCACCACCAUCCACCAUCCACGAACCCACCCGCCGCCUAAUCUCUGCCCAGGGAGCGGUUGCCAUUUCUGGGGAGGGUGUGUGGCAAUGCCCCCCGCCCUGGCGCCCUUAUCUCUGCCUGGCACCAUGGGCAGCCCGAGAGGUGAUAGAGGAGGAUUGGCAGUGCCACAGCGGGGACUGCCUCUGCCGCUACCGCCGUUGGCGAUGGCGACGGUGAACCAACCAAACGCAUGAGAUGGCCAGCAGUCAGGGCCCACAGGGAACGGGACGCCAACUGGGCAUUAGUGUGUGUGUGUGUGAGAGUGUGCGUGUGUGUGUGUGUAUGUGCGUGUGUGUGUG